CCUACCCGUCGUCGAGUCGAGGGCAUCCAUCCAUGCGCACAGCCAGCCCAGCCGUCCAUGGCCACGACCACCACCGGUCGUCUGCUUCCUCGAAGCUUCUCCAAUCCAGCCACGCACCAUGGCGGCCCGCCUCCCGAUGCGCCCCCGCCGCUGCCCAAUCUAUCCCCGACCCCCUCCCGCACGGGCACGGUCAUGCCCAUUCGGACACAGCUAGCUGAUCGAUGAUAGCCCCGCGCCUCCGUCCGCCCCCGCUUUGCCGCUUUCCGGCCGGCCGCCUGACAAAAUCCCGCGCCCUUUCUACAGGCGUACGUCGUCGGCACUGAAAGAGAGGAGGAGCCGAGGAGGAGGACGGAAAAGCCGAAAGCCAUUCUGGUGCGGGUGAGGCGCGCGCGCGCGCGGGCGGGCGGGCAGGCAGGUGGCGCCGGCCGCUUUACGUUUACGGUCUUUUGCCGGCCGGGAGCGUGUCCGUGACGAGACCCUCCUCACCUCUGGAAGAAGCUUCCACGCUGCUUCCUCUGCUUUCCUGCACCCCCGCGCUAUUUAUAGCCGCCGCGGUCACUGCCACUGCCAGCGGUUUUAAGCUAACGGUGCAAGCAGCAAGCCGUCCCAGGUGAAUUCGAGUCAGUGAACCGAGUGGUCUCCACUCUCCAGUGAGUGAGCGCCGCGCCGUGUUGGCUCGCACGUGGCCACCCAUGGACCUGAAGCGGGCGCUGGACGUGGAGGAGGAGGUGGUGGACGGCGACGAAGAGGAGCUCGCCGGCUGCUGCCCCGACGCCAAGCGCCGCCGGACGUCCGUCAAUAGCUCGAUGCAGGAGGCCAUUGGCGCGCAGUACAUGCAGAGGCAUCUGCCCAAGCUGGAACCGUUUCUUCGCAGAGUCGUGCAGGAGGAGGUGCAUAAUGUUCUUGUCCGACACAUCGAUUCCGCGCACAGGCUCCCGCUUCAACUGAAGACAAGCAGCAAACGGUACAGGCUGCAGUUCCAGGGAAACCUGCCGCAGACGCUUUUCACAGGCAACAGGGUGGAGGCCGAGAACAGGCACCCGCUGCGGCUAGUCCUGACCGACGCGGCCACCAGCCAGACGGUCAGCUCCGGGCCCUUGUCCUCGGCGAAGGUGGAGCUCCUCGUCCUCGACGGCGACUUCAACGCCGACGAGCGGCUGGAGCACACCGAGAGGGAGUUCGGCGAGAGCGUGGUGUUCGAGAGGGAAGGCAAGAGGCCGCUCCUGUCCGGCGAGGUGGUCGUCGUGCUCGACAGGGGCACCGCCUCCGUCCGUGACAUCUCCUUCACGGACAACUCCAGCUGGAUACGGAGCCGGAGGUUCAGGCUUGGCGCGAGGAUGUCAAGGGCUAGUUCGAUUGAAGAACGGGUGCAGGAAGCUGUGAGCAACCCGUUCCUGGUGAAGGAUCACCGUGGAGAAGUGUACAAGAAGCACCAUCCACCUGCAUUAGCCGACGACGUGUGGCGCCUGGAGAAGAUCGGGAAAGACGGCGUGUUCCACAAGAAGCUGGCUGACUUCGGAAUCCACACUGUCCAAGACUUCCUCAGGAACCUGGUGAUGGAUCAGUACGGACUGCGCAGCUUGCUUGGCAGCGGCAUGUCGAACAAGAUGUGGGAAUCCACGGUGGAGCACGCCCGGGAGUGCGUGCUGGACGACAGGCUCUACUCCUACUGCAGCGGGCACGGGAUCGUGCUCCUGUUCAACUGCGUCUACGAAGUCGUCGGCGUGGUCGUCGGGAGCCACUGCUUCACCUUGGCCGCUCUAACUCCCACGCAGAAGGCGUUGGUGGCGAAGCUGCAGCAGGACGCGUACAAGUUCCCGGACCGCAUAGCCGAGUUCAAGGUGCAGUCGCAGAGCUCCACGGAGCAGCAGGCACCCGCCGCGGUCAUCCAGGCCCCGCCCGCGCCGGCGCCUGUGCCCGCGACGCAGAUGCUCGGUCUCCCGCACGGUGUCGUCCAGCCUUGUGCAGCAGGCUCGCACGAUAGCCUGCUGCUGAGCCCGCAGCUACUCCAGCACCAGCAGCAGCCGCUCAGCGAGGCCCAGCUGGAGGACGUGCUACAGUCGGCCAGCGCCGCCGAGCCGUGGUUCCCUCCGUUUGGGGCGGCGGGCGGGUUCGACGCGCGGGACCCGUUCGACGUGCAGUUCAGCGGGUCGCAGCCGUGCGGGCUGCUGCUCUCCAGCACCGGCGCCAGGUUGUGACUUGUGAGAGAGGCCGACGUACGGCCAGCAUUUCAUCAAGACGCGUCUCGCCGCGCCGGAGCUGGACACGCUAUCUUCUCUACGUGGCCCAUUGCGUCGCGCGGAACGAGCGGACCCGGGCGACGACCGGCGGCGGCGUUUCGGUUGGAUGCCGAGGCGAGUCCUGCAGGCUGCAGCAGCCAGUGGAGCAUGCAUGGGCCUGCUAACAGUCGCAGGUGGUUGCUGUUUACCUGAGGAAGUGAGGAUGCCUGGAAGACAGGCAAAUCAGAUGCAGAGAAGAUAUAAGACCUAGCAGCGCAGUUGGUAGGAUCAGAUAAUGUCAUCUUUUUGUCAUUUUGGGAUGGUAACACGAGUUAUGAAUAGUGAGAAGAUCACAGUGCAGUUGGUACUUGGUAGGGCGUUCGACCCGUUCACCAUAGUCCCUUACUCCCUUCCCAUGUCUGUAAAAGCAUAUAAGGGCUAGUUUAUGAACACUAUUUUUCAAAGGAAUUUUUAUUUUAUCAAGGGAUAAU